AUGUCGCGAUAUGUCGCGAUAUAUGGGGUGCUGUCAGGGUAUUGGGGUGACAUCAUCACCCGCCAUGACCUGCUGCCCUACGUCAGCCUCAAGAGGCGGCGCCCCGUGUGCCCGGACCUGGUGGACAAGUACCUGGAGGAGACGUCCAUCCGCUAUGUCACCCCCCGCGCGCCCGGGGGGACCCCGCCCGGCCUCGGCCACCCCCACAAAUCAGUGCCUGCCCCCCACCCGUCCCUGUGCUGCCCCCCGGGGGGGCCCCAGCUGGGCCCGAAGCGCCCGGGCCGGGCCCGGAGCCUCCUCGGGAGCCAACGGAAACGCAGGAAGUCAGCGACGCCCGACCCCAAGGAGAAACAGACCUGCGACAUCCGCCUGCGCGUGCGCGCCGAGUACUGCCAGCACGACUCCGCCCUGCACGGCAACGUCUUCUCCAACAAGCAGGACCCUCUGGAGCGCCAGUUCGAGCGCUUCAACCAGGCCAACACCAUCCUGAAAUCCCGGGAUUUGGGCUCCAUCAUCUGCGACAUCAAAUUCUCGGAGCUCACCUACCUCGACGCCUUCUGGCGGGAUUACAUCAACGGCUCCCUCCUGGAGGCCCUCAAGGGCGUCUUCAUCACGGACUCGCUCAAACAGGCCGUGGGCCACGAGGCCAUCAAGCUGCUGGUCAACGUGGACGAGGAGGAUUACGAGCUGGGCCGCCAGAAACUCCUCAGGAACUUGAUGCUCCACACGGCUCCCUGAGGGAUCCACCGCCGCUCUUUGGGGUUUUGGUUUUUUUUUUUUUGGGAUUUUCUGGUUUUUUCCCCCCCGAUUCUUCCGCGGAGGUCCCCGCGCGGAGCCCGCUCACGGAUUUGGGGAGGGUCGGAGGUGUGGGGGAUUCCGGGAUUCGGCGCUUUUUGGGGUUCCUGAUGGGUUCUCCUUGUGUUUUCCGUGGGGUUUCCCUCCUGUUUUUUCUUUUGUAUCCAUUAAAAAUGGUGAUGAAAAGGCAGAAAUCCCACUGGUGCAGCACGCUGGGAUUUGGGGGUGCGGAAUAUUCCAGAAUUUCCCUGUCAAUUCCUCCUUCUCCUUGUGUUUUCCAUGUUUUCUCCCUAUUUUCUUUUCUUUUUUAUCCAUUAAAAAUGGCAAGAAAAAGGCAACACCCCCACGGGUGGAACACACUGGGAUUUGGGGAUUGGGGGCGUGGAAUAUUCCAGAAUUCCUCACUUUUCCCUGUCAAUUUCCUCUUCUCCCUGUGUUUUCCAUGUUUUCUCCCUAUUUUCUUUUCUUUUUUAUCCAUUAAAAAUGGUGAUGAAAGGGCAAAAA